AUGGGGUGCGUUUUCGGUAGAGAGGCGUCCUCUGCGGCUUCUGCAACUCGUAGGAGGAAGGAGGCAAGCAGGCCAUCGCUGUCUCAGUCUCAGGCGACGUUAACUACAGUCGAGACCGGCGUUGAUGUCCCCAACGCGGGGCAUGGCGGCGACAAGGAGAAGAAGACGAAGGACGGCGGCGGCGGAGUGGCCGCUGUUCUUCGCCGCGGCUCCCAUGCGCAGCAGGGGCCUGAGAGGAAGCAGAAACCAGACCCAAAGCAUGGGAACCUCUCAAAGCAGGCUUAUGGGGAGCAAGUGGCGGCGGGGUGGCCAGCAUGGCUUUCGCAUGUCGCCGGCGAGGCCAUCAGGGGGAUGGUCCCCCGCCGGGCAGAUUCCUUCGAGAAGAUUGUCAAGGUAAGUCCCUUGGGUCUUCUUCUUCUUCUUCCUUUUCCGACUGGUCUCCCCUUCUCUUUUGGUAGAACUGGAGAUUGACUCCGUGUUCUUGAUCUGCUCUUGUUGUAGAUAGGGCAAGGGACUUACAGCAACGUAUACAAGGCCAGAGACAACUUGACGGGGAAGAUUGUGGCCCUGAAGAAAGUGAGGUUCGACAGCUUAGAACCAGAGAGCGUCAAGUUCAUGGCGAGGGAGAUUCUCAUUCUGAGGAGACUGAAUCACCCCAACGUAGUGAAGUUGGAAGGUCUGGCGACGUCCAGGAUGUCAUGCAGCUUGUACCUUGUGUUUGAAUACAUGGAGCACGAUCUUGCUGGUCUCGCUGCGGCUCCUGGGAUCAAGUUCACCGAGCCCCAGGUGCGUUGACAUAUUUCCCUCCUAAAAAGGUGGAGAUCCUCUCCUUGAGUCUUGUUUUGAUUCUCAAGCGCUUCUCCUUGAAAACAGGUGAAGUGCUACAUGCAUCAGCUGCUGUCAGGGCUCGAGCACUGUCACAAUAACGGCGUACUGCACCGUGACAUAAAGGGGUCAAACCUCCUGCUUGAUAAUGGCGGGCUACUCAAGAUUGCAGACUUUGGCUUAGCUACCAGCUUCAAUCCAAACCGCAAGCGGCCCAUGACGAGCAGGGUUGUGACGCUGUGGUAUCGGGCCCCGGAGCUUCUCUUGGGGGCCACUGACUAUGGUGUGGGGGUUGACCUUUGGAGCGCUGGCUGCAUCCUGGCAGAGCUUCUGGCUGAAAAGCCCAUUAUGCCUGGCCGCACUGAGGUAAGCCCAGCACCUAAUGCAGUGACGUUAUCCUCUUAGACUUUUUUGUCCAGCUCACACUUACAUAUGCAUGUUGGAAAGGUAUUCUCAUUAGUUUUUGCUCUGAUCCAGUUUGACCAUUUUCUGAUUGACUAUUUACCUGCAUGUGAACCUCUUGCUUUUUUUGUUAUAGCGUGUAUGCUUGACCUCUCUGUGGGAGGAACUCUUAGGCAGAAGAAAUAGUGAAUGUGCUCCGGUCGGAGAGCUGUCUUUAACCGAGCCCUAUCUUUGAUUUGAGCCAUGUGUAUGGGUUGACCUUUUUUAUGUUGUUAAAUAUCGCUGUUAGUUGCUUAAUUGUAUGAAGUAUCCUGUUCUACUCUGAUGAUUGACCGUUUUGACUAAUUUUUAGGAAUAUUGGGGUUCUGUCUCAUUAGAUUUAUAUAGAUGAGAUUCAAAAGAUAAUAUCUCUUGGAGUCCUGGGGUGAAUAGCGCAGAUACCGAAUUGGUACCUGUGGAAAUAACUCCCAGACCUAUAAACCUCAGGACUCAAUCCACAGGCUUCUUAUAAGGGUAACUUGGUCAUAAUAUAAAUAAUCCAAUAUAUGAGCAUGUGACGUCAUCCCAGUAAGUAUGUAGAAAAUCCUCGAAAAGGUCAUCUUAUCUGCAUGCGACUUCAUCCCACUAAUAUGUAGAAAAUCUUAUAAAAGGUCAUCUAAUCUUUGCUCAGUUCUGUUGGAGCAAACAACAUCCGCACAGGAUUGCCCCUGUUUAUAUGAUGACUUGAAGCAUCUUCAACCAUAUCAAUAUUAGCCUCCAUCUUGUUAUGGCCAUUGGUUUUUUUCUUUGCUAAACCUUAUUAUUUGAGUUCUUUCACUCAUUUCAUGAUUGUUUGUGUCAAGGACCUUUCAAAUGGAAGAGAAGAUCCUUACAUAUAGCAGAAACCAUCUUGUUGAUUCUUUUUCUGCUUCUUGUCAUUGAUUUCGCUUGAAGAGGUUUCUCAUGGCAGGUGUUGUUUAAGAAUUUCAACAAGUUCGUAGUAAUCUCUGGCAUUCUCCUUAAAUAUUAAAUUUUUUAUUUUAUUGUUAUGAUCAUGCUCUCAAGAUUCGGGGAGAAUAAUUGCCAUUAAAUGAACAACUUCCCAAAUUUCGCUGAACUUUUUUUUUGGAUUUUGAUUCUUCUGGGUCUAAACUACGAGAUUGAAUCGUGCGUGCACAAUUAUCUUCAGAUAGUGCACUUGCUGCAUUACCUCUGGUUUUCUAUGUUUUUCUUAGUGCUUGUCGUUUUUGUUAUGUAAAUGUUCUCUGCUGCUGAAAUCCAAAGAAGAAUAUGAAAUGCUAUCCUCCACAAUAUGUUUUUUUAUUUAAUGUAAUUGGAUCCCUGCUAUAUCAUAAAUUAUCUGGAAAUAAAUUACGACGUAUUUUUCUUCUUUUUUUUUUUAUCAGGUUGAGCAACUUCACAGGAUUUUCAAGUUAUGUGGCUCACCACCGGAGGAAUACUGGAGGAAAUCAAAAUUGCCACAUGCGACAAUUUUUAAACCUCAGCAACCAUAUAAAAGAUGUAUUGCAGAGACUUUCAAGCAUUUUCCGAAAUCAUCUUUGCCAUUAAUCGAAACUCUUCUCGCAAUUGAUCCAGCAGAACGUCAAACUGCUACUGCUGCAUUGAAAAGUGAAGUGAGUCUUCUUGAAACGAUUACAUUUAUUCUCUGUGAAUUGACUGAUGGGAUUGCAUUUUCUACUUGUCCUUAAGUUGGAUAGUUUUCCAUUCAGUAAAGAUCAUUGGCGAGAUAAUCACAUUUAGUGCUGAUUCAUAACUGCCCCUGUAUUUUGGACUUACUAUAAUAACUGUGCUAACAUAUUUCUUCAAAAGAAAUUUGUGAAGGAAUGUGAUUCGUGUACAGUAGUAUUUUUAAAAUGGAUAUUCACCAAUCUUAAGCUAGUCUGUGUGUCAUUUGUUUCUAAGGUGAAAUUUCCAACUGGGUCGACGAAAAUUGUAUUCUGUAUUGAAAGGACAACUUUGUCUUGAGUUCUUUCAGUUUCAUCUGAUGAAAUUACAAUUAUUGAGGUGCUGGGUCUGAAUCUCAUGUCUUUCCAAAUAAAAAGGAUCUCCGUUAAGUCUCAACUAUUUCAAAAGCCUUUGUGCUCUUUCUUAAAUUUUGCUAGACAAACUAAGAAACGCAAUUAUACAAAGUUCUUUCAGCUAAGCAGAUCCUAUAAUUUUGGAAUCUGUUGAUUGCGAAUUAUAUUGAUAUGUAGAAACUCAUUAAAUAAGAGACGUGAUUGUGGAUAUCAAGUUGCCUGCAUUAUUAAAAAUUAUGGUCGUUUUUGUUGGAGAAUUGUGUUUAUCAUUUACAUCUAUAGCUUAUAUUAUCAUUUUUUCUGCCGUAAAAUUAAUUUAUUCAUGGAUCGAUAAUCAUUAGGCUAUCUCAAGUGUCAACACACUAUAGAUAGAAUAUUUUGUGGCGAAACUAUAAUAUGAACUACAUAGUAGAGGCCAAUGACGUGCUUGGCAUCUAGUGUGAAGGGGUAUAGACAAUAUGUGGAAGACCUAAGCUAGGUAAUUUUAUGAAAGAUUAGUCUUGUUUUAUUCACCAGUCAUAGAACCUGAUCAGGAUACUAAGCUGUGAGGCGUGGUGUGAGGUAUUUAAUGCAUAGUCGUUUGAAUCAUGCAACCCUUGCGAGUUGUAGUGUUCUUGUUGGGCCCUAAAUUGGAUACUAAGCUGUUGAAUUUAACUUUUGAACUCAGAAUGGUGUCUCAAUUGAUGCUUUUAGCUGCAUCCAACAUGGAUAUCAGUCCAGCUCAGGUGAUUGCACCACUGUGGACUGUGACAGGCUAAAAUGUAGUGCAUGAAUGUGGAGAAGAAAUCCAGUAAACAGGUUUCCUUCAUCAGGUUAAAUGAACGGAGCAGGAGAGGAAAGGGCAAGCAAUUUUGUUCCAUGCAGAGUUGUGGUAGCGUAGUACAUAACUAAGAUCACUGGAUAAUGUAUGCCUUCUCGAGAUUGUUAUGGUUAGGGAUAAUGUAUGUAGCAUGGGAGGAUUUCUUGGGCAAUUCUUCAAGGCUUUGUAGAGGUUUAUCUUCUAAAUGCUGCAUGUAGAAGAACAUGAUAGUAACUCCCCUGCAUUAAAUUAACCAGUGAAAUUCCAACUUAACUAAUAAUGCCAGAAGUAUAUAAUUAUGUGGAGCUUGCCGACCCCAGAUUGGAAAGUUCUCCAAGUAUCUGCCCAUAUUGGUACAUUUUAAUUAAUCUCACCCGCGUGAAAGUACUUGACGGGAUUCAUCAGAUUGAUAUUAACUUCUUCCAUUCCUUAAAAUAUGGAAUUGAAGGUAAAAAAACUUGCAGACAUUGGGUUUGAUCCUAAUCAUGCUUUUCUUAAUAAUGCUGAAUCUUCUUACUAAAUAUGGGCUGUGGAUAUCACUGUGGGGAAGCUGGUCUUCUGACUCAUUGCUUGUGGAUUACUUGUGAGUGCAGUUUUUCACCACUGAACCGUAUGCAUGCGAUCCGUCAAGCCUUCCCCAGUACCCUCCAAGCAAGGAAAUGGAUGUGAAGCUGAGAGACGAAGAGGCCAGGAGGUUUGUUCGCCUAGUGUUCCCCUUUGUUUUGCUUGGUCGAUCUCUUUGGUUCUUUGCAGGUUUUCCUUGAUUACUUUCACCUUUAUUGCCCGGAUCCAUUUCCUUGAUGGGUCACCUUUCUUGCGAUAAGUUUUCAACAUCUUGUUUGCGGUGGAAUGGGUUUCGGCAGGAUUUGCGUCAAGUCUGUGAAAUGGGAAGACUUUUCGGAAAUGUUGGUCAUAAAUACUAAGAUUGUGAGCUAAUUUACUAGAAUGCUGUUCUGUGUGCUACUGCUUUGGAUAAGUUGUAAAUUAAAUAGACGAAAGUAGCCUGCAACUGCUUUGGAUCUUGACAAGAAGAAAUAGAGAGAAAGAUGAAGAACAAUAUCUUUCGAAGUGGUAAAGAGGAGCAAUAUCUUUCAGUAUCUUUCCUUGUUUUAUCUUCUCUUAUCGGUUUUCCUUUUUGGGUGAAAAUAAAAAACCCGCCUUUUUUCUCCCAUCAUCGAGGAAGAACAGAGAAAGAUUUCCUCAGAUUUUUCCUUUUUUGUUUUUUUGAUUUUCUAUUUUCUAGCAUAGAAGACCAGCCAGACCAGCUCAUUCGAGUGUCUUUCAAUCCGCAUCCGGCGAUUUAUAUCCGUGGUCUUUGCUAAAUAUGUGAUAGAUAUAUCCCUUCAUAGACAUUAUUAUUCUUCUUGUAUUUAACAUUAGUUCAUAUUCCUGUAGACUCAGGGCGAACAGCCGUGCAAGGGCCAAUGCCGAUGCUCCGAAGAAGGUGCGUACACGUGAUCGACCCCCCAAGGGGGCCAUUCCUGCCCCCGAUGCCAACGCAGAGCUACAAGUCAACGUUGACGUACGCCAUUCUAGAUCAUUCUCCUCUUCUCCUCUUAUCCCAUUUAUUUAUUUAUUUAUUUAUUUAUUUAUUUAUUCUGUGCUCUGGAAAGAGUUAGAAUCAUUUUAUUUUAGAGGGCAUAAAAUAUCAAUUUAAGAGAUUUAAAAAUGGGGCGCAUGAUUCUAAGAGACUGGAAAUAGGAUGGACGGAUGGAUGCCUUCUUGGGGAUUUCUCUUGGACUUGCUCUUUCGUCCGUUGACUCUUCUUCUGAUGAUGAUGGUUGGCAGCGGCGGCGCAUGAUCACGCAUGCAAACGCGAAGAGCAAGAGCGAGAAGUUCCCGCCGCCGCACCAGGACGGCGCACUCGGCUUCCCCCUGGAAUCCUCCAGCUUCAUGGACACCUACGACCCCCCUGAGGCCUCCUUCACAACGGUAAUCGGCACCCAGAAGGGCGGCGGUGGUGGCGGCGGCGGCGGUGGUAUCUCCACCUGGUCCGGCCCAUUGGGUGAUCCCACCGCCAUCCGCCCGAGGAAGAAAUCUAAAGCCAGCCUCAGAAACCUGAAGAAAUGA